CCUUCUUGCUGGCAGACGCGGGCUACGAUGUCUGGCUGGCCAACACAAGGGGUUCGACAUACUCCCGGACGCACACCAAGUUUGCCGACAACGACUUCCGUUUCUGGGACUACACCCUUCACGAGCCAGGGGUGUACGACCUGCCCGCCUUCUUCGAGAAGGUGCUCAACACGAGCAGGGCAGACAAGCUCCACUACAUCGGCCACUCGAUGGGCACCACAAUCUUCUACAUUCUAGGCUCGACGCGGCCCGAUCUCAUGUCGAAGGUGCGCCUGGCCGUGCACCUGGCCCCCGUCACCUACUGGAGCCGCAUACAGAGCCCCAUGGCCAAGCGUGCCUUCCAGGCCGCCGCCGUCCUCAAGAGACUCGACAUGCCGAUGCUGUUCGACAACUACUUCUCCCGCAGCAACCGCUCAGUCUUUUUGGCAGAUACCCUCUGCCGGGACGGCUCUCCCGUGCAGACCAUGUGUGCUGAGGUCCUUUUCAGUGUCGUGGGGUCCAACAGGGCACAACUUAACGCGAGCAUGCUGCCAAUGAUUUUUGCUCACUUUCCAGCUGGUGCUUCAGUUGGACAAGUGGCUCAUUACUACCAGAACUAUGAGCAAGGAGUUUUUCAUCAAUUUGACUAUGGAACUGAGAAGAACAUUCUAAAAUACGGCAAAUCAAAGCCUCCAGAAUAUCAAAUGAACAAAGUUAGUGCUCCAGUAGCAAUUUGGUAUGGACUAAAUGACAGGCUUGUAUAUCAUGAGGUGAGUUUUCAAAUUAUGGUGG